GCUCAGUUUAGAGUCCGGCUCAGAACGGUUCUGUUGUCUGAAGGGAAGCGGCGGAGGGGGACUACGCGUCACCAGGUCUUUUCUCCACCGAGCUUUCAGACGCCGAGGGUACAACCACAGAGGAAGACCUGAUCCCGCCUACAGCUCCUCUCGCAGCUUCAGAAGGCAAGCAGGCGUUCACCCUAUCGUCUGGAAGCGAAGGCAGGAUGGAGUUCAAGCUGGAGGCUCACCGCAUCGUCAGCAUCUCCCUGGGCAAGAUCUACAACUCGCGGGUCCAGCGCGGCGGCAUCAAGCUGCACAAGAACCUCUUGGUGUCGUUGGUGCUGCGCAGCGCCCGCCAAGUCUACCUGAGUGACCCCUGCCCUGGCCUCUACCUGGCUGGCCCUGCGGGGACCCCGGCGGUGCCGCCGCCUCAGCAGCCUGGAGAGCCUGUAGCCGGGCCACCCUCCGGCUGGGGAGAGCCGCCCCCGCCGGUCGCCCGUGCCGCCUGGCCGGAGCCCGAGCCUCAGCCGCAGCCUCAGCCUCAGCGUCCCUCCGUGUGCCACACGCCCGGAGCGGGAAGCUCAGAACCGGUGGCCGCGGUGGCCGGAUCGGGGGAAGCUCUCCGGGGCGGAGAGGAGGACUCGGCGGCAGCUGCUUGGGGCCGCGUGGAGCGUCCGCGCGCGGCGUCUUCAGGAGGUGGCUCGGACGCGUGCCCCGAGGGGCCCCGGGCAGUGCGCCGCCCGUGCGGCUGUCCCCCGGCCGUGGAGGAGCGGUCCUCCGAGGACGGGUCCCCCGCGCCACCCGCCCCGUGUCCCAGGAAGCGUGGCGCAGCGGGAGUGGGUGGCGGCCGCGCGAGCUGCUCGGCACCCGGCUCUACCCCUCUCAAGAAGCCGCGCCGGAACUCGGAGGAGCAGCCAGUCACCGGCGAGGACGACACCGACGAGGAGAUGGAGACCGGGAACGUGGCAAACCUCAUCAGCAUCUUCGGGUCUAGCUUCUCGGGACUCCUACGGAAAAGCCCCGCAGGCGGCCGAGAGGAAGAGGAGGCGGAGGAGGGCGGCCCGGAAGCCGCCGAGCCGGGGCAGAUCUGCUGCGACAAGCCGGUGCUGAGAGACAUGAGCCCCUGGAGCACAGCCAUCGUGGCCUUCUGAGCCCCCGGGACCCGAGUGGCUGGAGCUUGAGCAGCGGGAGUCCCCGAAGUGCGGCCGGGGCCUCUCCCGGCCGCGAGGACGAGCCGAGACCGUAGGCGCUGGGCGCGUAGGGGAGACUGGUUGCUGCCGGGCAGCACAUCGCCCCAGAAGGGGCAGCCCGGCUGGGCCGUGGCUCUCGAGUCUCAUCCUGAGACCUAGAGUUGGAGGCUUAUUGGAAGAGGACGAUCGAUCGUUAACUUUUGUAUCUGUGUGUGUCCGUGUGUAAGUUUGUCUUGUGUUGAGACUGUUCUGUGAUUCUGGAAUGCACCACCCCUUCCCCGGGGCUUGAGACUUUGGGGGUGCAGACAGGGACUUUCCUCUGCCAGCAGCACAGAAAAGGAAGCUGCAGAAAGGCUCGAGGAAGGGGAGUUCCCCGUUCGAUCUUGGGGGAGAGAGGGACUUUACACACACCUCUCUCUCAUGAAAGCUACGACCGCACCGGGGCGCGGAGUGGCGUUUUCUCACAGGAUUUCCUCAGACUAGAGGGAGUUCGUCUGGAGUAGAGACUUGUAUUAUUUUUCUCCCUCCCCAUCCUUUCUCUGGCACAGAAGAAGCGCUUCUACCCUGUGAUUACUCUGGGAAAGCAGAACAUUAAGGGACCUUCAAUUCCCCACAGGGGAAAAAAAGCUUGCUGAACUUCACAGAAGAGUUCAAGCUUGGAAAUACGGAGUUUAUAGAGAAAAGAUAUAUUUUUUAAAAGCUCUAGCUCAGAACUUACUACACAGUGCUUUUAAAAAGUGUUUAAUGAAACAAAGUUUACAGACGAGCUCUAAGUGGAAGGACCUUAUGGCUUUGUAGAUAAGGUGACUCCAGUCUUUGUUGUAUAAAGGUUGGGGGAGCUGAUAAGGUUUUUGUACAGUAUUUUCUCCUUCUCUGUAUUGAUUUUUGUAUAAAAAUGUAACUUUACGUGUCUAACACGUAUUAAAUAUUUUGAAGCAACUCCACUGCCUGUUUGUAUGUAUGUAAUCACUUGUCUGGGUUUCCAACAAGGUGGCGGGGAGGGGCAACCAGGCUGGGAAAUGGAAGGUGUGGUUCUUAAUAUCAGCCAUUCACAGGCGAGGGACAGUGUUGGCUGACUUGAAUAAGUAGCAAGAAAGACACGUUUAAGGGUUUGGUUUUGGUUUUUUGUUUUCACGAACAUCCCCAUCCAUGGAUACUGGUAUCAAUGACUGUCAGUUUGAGACUUGCCACUACAAUUUUCUCUUCAGUCAUGACAGACCAGUUUGGUUUUCUAUAGUUUGAUCUGAUGGGAAUCUCUAAUAUUAAAUAAUAUUAAAAGCCAAAUUUUGCAGCCUUUCCAAUAUCAAAUAUUUCCACCAAAACUUUGUUUCCAAAAUAGGUCUGGUAAUGUAUAGAUGGUAGAUCAAUUUUUAGAUUUGAAUUGGGGUGGGUGGGGGUUAGAUAGCAGCUUCAGAGGUCUUACUAGGACCAAACAUGAAGAAACCGAUGAAACCGACUUGUCUAAAUGUUUAGAUCCAUCACUGUGGCCCAAUAUAUGUCAAGGUUGACAUUUGACUUUAGUUGUAGAAAGUAAAAAGCUCUGAAAGUGAAAUUAUGUGUAUCAAACCAGAGAAGGAAGGAGACCGAGGGAGGUUGGCUAAAUUUAAUUCUCAUGUAGCAGAACUUCCUGAUUUGCUCUUGUCACCUACAUGAUGACAUAAGUGGUUUUGGUCAUGCUAAACAGAUGACAGCCAAGGCAAUUUAAAGAGACCGUUUUGUCUAAGGCAAAAUGUUCAGUACUUAAGAGGUACUCUCUUAGGAGCAAACCAAUUAGACACUUAAGUUUUAAAUAUAAUUGCUAGUACUUGAAAAGAUGCCACCAGUUUCUAAGAAGAAUGCUUAAGAAACAGAAAUGAGGAAAGAGGGAAAGGGCUAUAUAGCCUUUAGACAAAAGGAGCAUAUGAAAUAUGCUCUUUGGCCAUAGCUUAAGCUCUAAUUAUAUGAACUAUAUUAGUUGACUAGGCCAUUGCUUUGCUCUUUCUGUAAGAUAUGGCUGGUUUUUUAAGCAAGGGAGCUGUUACUUUUCUACUCCAUCACCAUAAUCAUGUACAUAAUACAUAGAAUAAUAAUACAUAGAAUAAAACAUGCUUUAAUCAGA